UCCCGGUAGCUGCUGCUGUCUUUCCGGCACCCGCGCCCCCUCUUACUGUAGAGGACCCCUCGGGGAUCAUCCCCGAGCGGCUGCGGCCUCCGGGUGGUUAACUAGGGAGAGGAUCUUUGCCCCUUCCUGGAACCAGUGCCAUCUCAGGGAUAUGGGGGGAAGGCGUGGCCCCCAGCAGUCGGGAAGGACCUUGCUACUCAAAUGUUGAGGGGUUUGGAGCGUGUCAUUGUUGGGGCAGUGACCUGGACAGUAUUCCCCUACCCCCACUAACUUUGAGAUACUGGCCUCAGAACCCACUGGUGGCCUCCCCUGCCUGCUCUUGGCCAUGGCUAGUGAGAACUCUCCUCUGCUGGCCUACCGGCUUCUGGGGGAGGAGGGGGUUACCUUCCCUGCCAAUGGGGCCGGGGGUCCUGGAGGAGCACCCGCCCGGAAGCUCUCCACUUUCCUUGGUGUCGUGGUGCCCACAGUCCUGUCCAUGUUCAGUAUAGUUGUCUUCAUGAGAAUUGGGUUCGUGGUGGGCCAUGCUGGGCUGCUGCAGGCCUUGGCCAUGCUCCUGGUUGCCUACUUCAUCCUGGCGCUCACCGUCCUGUCUGUCUGUGCUAUCGCCACCAAUGGAGCCGUGCGGGGCGGUGGAGCCUACUUCAUGAUCAGCCGGACCCUUGGGCCUGAGGUUGGGGGCAGCAUUGGCCUCAUGUUCUACUUGGCUAACGUCUGUGGCUGUGCUGUCUCUCUGCUGGGACUGGUGGAAGCCGUGCUGGAUGUCUUCGGGGCUGAUGCCACAGGUUCCAGUGGUCUCCGGGUCCUGCCCCAGGGUUAUGGCUGGAGUCUGCUCUAUGGCUCCCUGUUGCUGGGCCUCGUGGGCGGGGUCUGCACACUGGGGGCUGGCCUCUAUGCCCGAGCCUCGUUCCUCACAUUCCUCCUGGUUUCUGGUUCCCUGGCCUCUGUGCUGGUCAGCUUUGUGGCUGUGGGUCCCAGGGACAUCACCUUGAUGCCUCGGCCUGGCUCCAAUGGCUCCCUGCCACCCCAGGUUGGCCAUUUCACAGGUUUCAACAGCAGCACCCUGAAGGCCAACUUAGGUGCCUUAUAUGCCAAGGACUAUACCACGGGAGCCAUGAUGACCUUCGCCAGUGUCUUCGCUGUCCUUUUUAAUGGCUGCACAGGCAUCAUGGCCGGGGCCAACAUGUCAGGGGAGCUGAAGGACCCCAGCCGGGCAAUUCCUCUGGGUACUAUCAUCGCAGUGGCCUAUACCUUCUUCAUCUACACCCUGCUUUUCUUCCUCUCCAGCUUCACCUGUGACAGGACCUUGCUGCAGGAGGACUACGGCUUCUUUCGCUCCAUCAGUCUGUGGCCCCCGCUGGUGCUGAUCGGUAUCUACGCCACUUCACUGUCAGCCUCCAUGAGCUCCCUCAUCGGGGCCUCCCGCAUCCUCCAUGCCCUGGCCCAGGAUGACCUUUUUGGAAUGAUCUUGGCGCCAGCCAAAGUUGUGUCCCGAGGUGGGAACCCCUGGGGGGCUGUGCUCUAUUCUUGGGCCCUAGUGCAGUUGGUGCUUCUGGUUGGGAAGCUGAACACACUGGCUGCUGUAGUCACCGUCUUCUACUUGGUGGCCUAUGCUGCAGUGGACCUGUCUUGCCUGAGUUUGGAGUGGGCCUCGGCCCCCAACUUCCGUCCCACAUUUAGCCUGUUCUCCUGGCAUACCUGCUUGCUGGGGGUGGCCUCCUGCCUGCUCAUGAUGUUUCUCAUCAGCCCUGGGGCCGCCGGCGGCUCCCUGCUCCUCAUGGGCCUGCUUUCUGCCCUGCUCACAGCUCGAGGAGGCCCUAGCAGCUGGGGCUAUGUCAGCCAGGCCUUGCUUUUCCAUCAGGUGCGUAAAUACCUGCUCCGGCUGGAUGUCCGAAAGGAGCAUGUGAAGUUCUGGAGGCCCCAGUUGCUGCUUCUGGUGGGGAACCCCCGGGGUGCACUGCCUCUGCUGCGCUUGGCCAACCAGCUCAAGAAAGGGGGGCUCUAUGUGCUGGGCCAUGUCACUCUGGGAGAUCUUGACUGCCUGCCCUCGGACCCCGUGCAGCCACAGUAUGGGGCGUGGUUGAGCCUGGUAGACCGGGCCCAGGUCAAGGCCUUUGUGGACCUCACCCUCUCGCCCUCCGUGCGCCAGGGGGCUCAGCAUCUGCUGCGGAUCUCGGGCCUCGGUGGCAUGAAGCCCAACACAUUGGUCCUAGGUUUCUACGAUGAUGCCGUCCCUCAGGACCAUUUCCUGACAGACCCAGCUUUCUCAGAGCCUGAGGACGGCACCCGGGAAGGCGGGUCCCCAGCCCUCAGCACCCUGUUUCCUCCACCACGGGCCCCAGGGAGCCCCCGGGCUCUCAGCCCCCAGGACUACGUGGCCACAGUGGCAGAUGCUCUCAAGAUGAACAAGAAUGUGGUUCUGGCCCGGGCCUGUGGAGCUCUGCCUCCUGAACGAUUGAGCCGGGGGUCAGGGGGCACUUCUCAGCCACAUCAUGUAGAUGUUUGGCCCCUCAACCUGUUGCGGCCUCGGGGUGGACCAGGCUAUGUGGACGUCUGUGGCCUCUUCCUGCUGCAGAUGGCAACCAUACUGGGUAUGGUGCCUGCCUGGCACAGUGCCAGGCUCCGGAUCUUCUUAUGCUUGGGGCCUCAGGAGGCUCCUGGUGCGGCUGAAGGGCGACUUCGGGCACUUCUGAGCCAACUGAGGAUCCGGGCUGAGGUGCAGGAAGUGCUGUGGGGCGAGGGGGCUGGGACCACAGGGCCUGAGGAGGAGGAAGGGGACUUUGUGAAUGGUAGGCGGGGAGACACUGAGGCAGAGGCCCUGGCGUGCAGUGCCAACGCCCUGGUCCGGGCCCAGCAGGGGCGUGGCAGAGAAGGAAGACCUGAGGGUGGGGAUGGCCAGGAGGGGCCUGCCACUGCCCUCACCUUCCUGUACCUUCCUCGACCUCCUGCAGAUCCUGCGCGCUACCCCCAGUACUUGGCGCUGCUGGAGAUUCUGACCCAGGAUCUGGGCCCCACGCUGCUCAUUCAUGGUGUCACCCCAGUCACUUGCACUGAUAUCUGA